AUGCAUCCUGAAAGAAAUGUAGCGUUUAUUACCGGCAUUACGGGCCAGGAUGGAUCGUAUCUUUGCGAAUUUCUAUUGUCAAAGGGAUAUGAUGUUCAUGGGCUGAUACGUCGUUCUUCCUCCUUCAAUACUUCAAGAAUAGAGCACAUUAUCAAUGAUGUUACUUGUAAAGAUCAUUUUUACCUGCACUAUGGCGAUCUUUCCGAUUCAACAUGCCUUUCAAUGCUAUUGUCCAAAAUCAGACCAACGGAGAUAUACAACCUUGCGGCUCAAUCCCAUGUGAUGGUAUCUUUUGACAUGGCAGAGUAUACUGGGCAAGUUGAUGCCAUUGGAACCCUUCGUAUUUUGGAAGCAAUAAGAAUAUGCGGUCUUGUCGAUAGUGUCCGUUUCUACCAGGCCUCGACCUCCGAGCUUUUUGGAAAAGUAACAGAGGUUCCGCAAAACGAAACAACGCCAUUUUAUCCCCGUUCACCAUAUGGUGUUGCAAAGCUCUACUCUUAUUGGAUAGUGAAAAACUAUCGGGAAGCAUAUGGCCUUUUUGCUUGCAACGGAAUCUUGUUCAACCACGAAAGCCCGCGAAGAGGGCGAACCUUUGUCACUCGUAAAAUCACACAUGCUCUUGCUCAAAUCAAAACCAACAAGAGCUCAUGUAUGACUCUUGGCAAUCUUGACGCUAAAAGGGACUGGGGGCAUGCCAGAGAUUAUGUGGAGGGCAUGUGGUUGAUGCUGCAGCAAAAGAACCCGGAAGAUUUUGUACUCGCCACUGGCGAGACACAUUCAGUGCGAGAAUUUUUAGAGAAGGCGUUCUCGGAGGCUGGACUUUCCAUCCGCUGGGAAGGCUCCAGACAGUUUGAAGUUGGGUACUGCCCAGAGCUAGAAAAUCAAGUUGUUGUAAAAAUUUCGCCAAAAUACUACAGACCUACUGAGGUGGACCUGUUGCUUGGCGAUCCAUCAAAAGCCAAAAAGCAUUUGGGCUGGAAACCCAAAAUCUCAUUUCCAGUACCUUUAUUCUGUUCUAAUGAUUUAUAG